AUGUCUGUUUCAACAUCGUAUAAACGAUCUCCCCUGGGAUACGGCUCGCCUCCAUCUCGCAACUCGCCGUUUCGACGACCCGAAUCUCCAGCUUCACCAUCACCAUUGCGAUAUACGACACCCAGUAGCUCUCCUACCAAGUCCGGUCCACCAGCUGGAACAUCGCGAUUUACCCAACCAACUACUCCCCCCACUCCCAAGAGCAGUUGGACACCACAGGGACAAUCUUCAGACACAAUGGCAGCAUCAGCACAAAGAUUAUCACAACUGACGGCAGCGGCCUCACAACCUUUAGGAAGCGGAAACGCGCUCUCACAACUUCAGCCGGCUCAGGUCAGGACACUAAGGGACGGAUUCCAGAUUUUGGAUCGAGACUGUGAUGGCGUCGUCAAUCGCGAAGAUGUGGCUGAUAUGCUGGGACAAUUGGGUCUUCCAAACGGCGCGUCAGAUGUCUCACAAUUUUUCCCUCCUUCAAAACCUCAAACCAUUGCGUUGGCAGCAUUCUUGAAUUCUCUGGCAGAAACGCUCUGUCAGCUGUCGCCUAGCGCUGAACUGAUUUCGGCAUUUUCUGCUUUCGACGACGAUGACAGUGGCCAGGUGGAUUGGGCUGAGCUCAGGGACGCGCUGCUGAACACGGCACCAGAACCUGGUGAACGACCUCUGACUGCGGCAGAGGUUGACCGUAUUGUCAACGGCUUCACCGGUAGACGAGCGUUCAAUCGUAACAUCAAUGCACAGCUGGGCGCUAAGAAGGGAGAGGUGUUCAAGUAUAACGAGUUUGUCCAUUCAAUCAUGGGUUCUAACGCGGGGCCUGAAGGAUCGUCGCACGAAAUCGCAGAAUGA